AAGAAAAACAUCAACCACACCCUUGACAGCACCACUAAGUAUCAACAUCCCCUCAAGUCAGCUGUUGUCAUCAGAACGUGUUUCACCUGUCCUCAGUGAGAUAUUGGUGUACCCAUCAGCAAGUGAUAACUCGAACAAGCCUAAAAAUAAUAAAGUGAAACUCCCUAAUUUUAUGACAAGUGAAAGCUCAAUGAAAAUCUUACAAGAUCAGAAAUUAAAAAAGGCCAGGGAACUUGCUGAGAAACAGAAGCGAUUGCGAGAAAGAGAAGAAAAGAGAGAAGCAAAAAAGAAAAAUGACAAUGAAAGGGAAAAGGAGAGAGAGGCAAGGAAGAAAGAGAGAGAGAAAAUGAAAAAUGAGAAAGGGGAAAAGAAGGCCAGGAGAGCAAGAAAAGGAAAGCCGAAGAAAAGGCAAAGAAUUAAUACUGGAGGGGGUGACAUUAGCCUGGCAGUUAAAAUACUACAGGUAUUAUAUCAGCAUAUAUUAAGGAUCCUUAUGUACUUUAAUUUACAUUUUCCUUCUAGAUAGAAUGGCUAAAAUUGUGAUUGAAAAUGCUGUUAUAAAAGGAUACCAUGUAUUCCAGAUUCGGCCUCCCCUCAAUUUAUCUCUUCCUGUUACAAAGGAAUAUGGCAACAAGCAUGAUCCAAGCGCAUGCUUAGUGUGGGUGCCUGAGCUGCAUUUUAUACCAGAAGCAGUCUGGUAUACAGUUACAGAUGCAAAACGGGGUGAAACUGUUCAAACAAUAGCUGGCCUUCCCAUUGGACGAAUACCUUGGGGUUUAUCCAAGUGCUUCUCAGAGCUAUUAAGUUCCUCUGACACCAUUGCAAUUGACUG